CAUUUUGACGGCAUAAUUUGCAUAUUGAAGAAAUAGAAAAAAUAUAUAAAUAAGUUAUUCAAUUCUGAAAACAUGAAGGGCCAAAGUUUAUGUGGUCUAAUAGUGGUAGUAACAAUUUUGCCAUUGUUGGCUUUGGAAGAGAUUGUCGAAUCUGAAACAAAUUUUGCUGUACAGUUGACGGGAGACGACUUUAAUGAGGCUAUAUCCAAAAAUAAUCACUUCAUUAAGUUUUAUGCGCCCUGGUGUGGUCAUUGUAAACGCCUGCAUCCGCUAUGGGAGCAAUUGGCGGAAAUGAUGAAUGUGAAGGAUGAUCCACGUGUCGUCAUAGCGAAAGUCGACUGCACCCAGCAGCAUGAGCUUUGCACACAACAUGAAAUUACGGGCUAUCCAACAUUACGUUUCUUCAAAUUGGGUCAAAAAGGAUCAGUAAAAUUCAAGGGUACCAGAGAUAUGCCAGCUAUUACGGAGUUUAUUAAUCAACAAUUGAACUUGGAGGAACUAAAUGAGAUAAUGGAUGAAGAUUCUAAAAUGGAAAGUCCACAAACUGUAAAAGGUGCAUUGGUGGAACUUACCGAAGAUAACUUUGCUAAACACGUAUCGAGUGGUAAUCAUUUUGUUAAAUUUUAUGCACCCUGGUGUAGCCAUUGUCAACGAUUGGCACCUACUUGGGAAGAAUUAGCUAAAAGUUUAGAAAAUGUGGACGAUGUCAGUAUCGCCAAAAUUGAUUGCACAGUUUAUAAAUCUAUUUGUCAAGACUUUGAAGUCAAAGGUUAUCCUACGUUAUUGUGGAUUGACGAUGGAAAAAAGGUUGAAAAAUAUUCUGGUGGUCGUGAUCAUGAUGCCCUGCAGACUUACGUUAAGAAAAUGUUGGGUAUUGACGGCAAUAAGGACGCCGCCACAGAUAAGGAGGAGGAAAUUAAGAAGGAGGAUGACAAGUCCAAAGUCUUGCAAUUGAAUGGAGACAACUUUGAGACAUCUAUAGCCAAAGGCAUUACGUUUGUUAAGUUUUACGCUCCUUGGUGUGGCCAUUGUCAAAAGCUUAGCCCGACUUGGGAUAAAUUAGCCGAAAAAAUACGCAGCAUUAAAAAAAGUGUAAUUAUUGCCAAAGUCGAUUGUACGGCUCCUAAUAACCGUAAGUUGUGCGUGGAUCAACAAGUUGAAGGAUACCCUACUUUGUUUGCUUACAAAGAUGGAAAACGUCAAAAUGAAUACGACGAUAGCCGCUCUCUUCCUGAGCUUCUAAAUUACGUAUACAAAUUGGCAGGCCAUGAUGAACUAUAAGUUAUAGGGCAAAUUUGAAAAAAAAUAUAUGUGUAACUUGUACUUUUUUUAA